AAUUAGUAUAAAGCAAAGAAGACUGAAGCAGUGCUUGAAAGAUGAUGGGAAUGUUCAAGAAGCGGACGGUUCGUAAAGGAAAGAAAGGCAAUACGAAGACAGAAAACGAGAGAGGCCCGAAAAAAGAUAAAGGAGGAAAGACAAUCGUUGAUGAAGAUAUUGCAACUACAAUUACUGCUCCACCACCAAAUGCCUCACAACAACCUCAACUAGUUCAAGCUCAUCCAAUUGUCGAGCAAUUUGUGCAGAGAGCAUUGGACUAUGGGGUUGAGAAGCUCAGGGAUGAGUUUCGUCAAAUGGCGAAGUACACGAGACCGGAUAUGACACAAAAUGCGUUCAAUGCCAAUCAAUCGGCCAAUAUUAACGAGACAAAGAAUCGCUACGCCGAUGUUCCUUGCCAAGACCAAAAUAUUGUGCUUGUGGCAAAACCACCUGCACCGAGCGACUAUGUUCAUGCGAACUUUGUCGGAUGCCCAAUGGUCCCAGACAAAAGAUUCAUUUGUACUCAAGGACCAUUGGAUCAUACGGUUGACGACUUUUGGUGGAUGAUUGUGCAGCAGAAGGUCGAGCAAAUUGUCAUGUUAUGCAAGACAAUCGAAACCGGAAAGUACAAAUGUGCACAGUACUGGCCAUUGGCAAUGGGAGAGAAGAAAGAAGUGAAGGGAGGAAUUGUGGUGGAGAAUGUAUCUGGAACAAAACCGAUGGACAGAGACGCUGAAAUUCAGAUUACAACUUUGCAAGUGUCAUUUGGAGACCAGAAGAUGUCUGUUCGUCAUCUUCAUUGGAGUGACUGGCCUGAUCGUGGUGUGCCACCGUGCAAACUUACAAGUCUGGAGCUUCUGUCAGCUGUCCGUGGAUCACGUGUACCGAUUGUCGUGCAUUGUUCGGCUGGCAUCGGUAGAACUGGAACCAUUGUUGCGAUCGAGUACAUUUUGGAAAGAAUCGCCGAGAAUAAGCAAUGCCCACCAAUGCCGGAUCUUGUGAAGUCGCUUCGUGAUCAACGUGCCUAUUCGAUCCAGACGGACAUGCAAUAUCUCUACAUUCACCGGGUCAUGUUGAACUACUUUUUGGAGAAGUACAAGGACAAGUAUGCAGCAUUGCUCAAUCCGGAUAACGUGGCCAAAUAUACAAAAUUCGUUAAAGAUUAUAACUUCGCUACUGGACAAUAGAAUGUGAACUCUCUUACUAGUGUAGAAUAAAAUGAUUUGAGAUGAUUC